GGUGGCCAUUAAUCAAUAUCCUCUGGCACUCUCUUCGGUACGCCUUCUCUCUCUAUCUAUAUACAUACUCAAAAUAACGAACCCCAGUUCGUUUAAUUGGUGAUUGGACUUUGAGAUAAAAAGAUGAGUUCACUGGAUGUAGCCAGAGCAGAACUAGCCCUUGCAGUUUUAUAUUUGGAUAAGGCUGAGGCAAGGGACAAGAUAUGCAGGGCAAUACAGUAUGGUUCAAAGUUCUUGAGCAAUGGAGAGCCCGGCACCGCCCAAAAUGUUGACAAAUCAACCAGCCUCGCCCGAAAAGUAUUUCGCCUUUUUAAGUUUGUCAAUGAUUUGCACGCUCUUAUUAGUCCUGUACCUCAGGGAACUCCUCUUCCUCUUGUUUUGCUGGGGAAGUCCAAAAAUGCAUUACUAUCAACUUUCUUAUUUCUCGAUCAAAUUGUCUGGCUUGGUAGAUCUGGCAUCUACAAGAACAAGGAACGUGCUGAGCUCAUUGCCCGCAUAUCUCUUUUCUGUUGGAUGGGUUCCUCAAUUUGUACCACAUUGGUUGAGAUUGGAGAGCUCGGAAGGCUUUCGGCAUCAAAGAAGAAGUUAGGGAAGAACCUUAAAAAUAGUGACAAAAAUCAGAAUGAGGAAUAUCGCGCUAAACUUAAACAAUCAAAUGAGAGGACCCUAGCCCUGGUUAAAGCGGGUAUGGAUAUCGUGGUUGCUGUUGGGUUGCUUCAACUGGUACCCAAGAAAGUUACCCCACGUUUAACUGGAGCCGUUGGGUUUGUUAGCUCACUAAUCUCCUGUUACCAGUUACUUCCAUCGCCUCCGAAGUCUAAGACAGUCUGAAGGGAGAAGCCCUGUUCAGCUCGACAACAUUAAAUGUGGACAUUGUUCCAAUUAUUAAAGGUGCACUUGUUUUGGCUGUCUCAUGGUGAAAAUUCCAUAUUUAGUACCUUUGCAACAUCUGCAUACUACAGUAAUAAAUAUAGAAUCGUAUGAGCUUGGUCGACAUGACUUUUUUUGUCGAUUUGCUUGAAUUAUCUGUGUUCGUAAAUGGUUUGCUGUGAACAUGUAUAUGCGUAGUGGGAGACUAAAGAGUUUAAGCAUUGUUACUUAGGGUGGAUAGGGGGCAUGCGUGUAUAAACAUCUUCUUCACAGCCUUAUUACUGUUGCAGAAGUCGAAACUGAUAUUUGAACCUAUAAAACUCAUCCAUCAACUA